UCAACCUUUUUUCAGUCAAGGCACCCUUUACAACUAUGGACAGUCCCGAGGCACCCUUUAAAACUAUGGACAGUCCCGAGGCACCCUUUAAAAUUAUGGACAGUCCCGAGGCACCCUUUAAAAUUAUGGACAGUCCUGAGGCACCCUUUAAAAUUAUGGACAGUCCUGAGGCACCCUUUAAAAAUUAUGGAGAGUCCUGAGGCACCCUUUAAAAUUAUGGAGAGUCCCGAGGCACCCUUUAAAACUAUGGACAGUCCCGGGGCACCCUUUAAAAUUAUGGAGAGUCCCGAGGCACCCUUUAAAACUAUGGACAGUCUUGAGGCACCCUUUAAAAUUAUGGACAGUCUUGAGGCACCCUUUAAAAUUAUGGACAGUCCUGAGGCAGCCUUUAAAAUUAUGGAGAGUCCUGAGGCAGCCUUUAAAAUUAUGGACAGUCCUGAGGCAGCCUUUAAAAUUAUGGACAGUCCCGAGGCACCCUUUAAAACUAUGGACAGUCCUAAGGCACCCUUUAAAAUUAUGGACAGUCCUGAGGCACCCUUUAAAACUAUGGACAGUCUUGAGGCACCCCAUUCUAAAAUCAAGUACACUUUUGCACACUGUUACUGACUCCUAUUCCAGUGUUUCUCUUCUCCCUCAGUUUUUCUCCAUCACUGAGCUAAUGUGACCCCAGCACUGAUGGAGAG